AUGCGUCCUACCUCCAAUAUCUUUCAGCUGGCCGUCUGCCUUUCCGCGCUCGCACCUCUCGCCACAGCGUGGCCCAGUUGGUUUCCCAAUGCUGAUUCUGUCGUAGUUCGACGAGUUGUCCCGGAAGAUUUGCCCCAGGAAACCGCUAUUCUGAGGCCUCGUCAAGAUUCCAAGACUGAAGAGGAGGAGGCCACGAGCACCAAGAAAAGCCCCAAGCAAACCAACCUGAACACAGCCAAAGUCGAAACUGGAACCGAAACUGGAACCGAAACCGGUACCGCCACGGAGGAAGAUUCUACAGAGACCGGAAAGGAGACUGGGAAGAAAAAGUCUGGCACCAAGACUGGCACCUCUGCACCCAAACGCACGACUUUCUCUGCUGAUGUGCAACCCGGCGGUUUGAGCAUGACCUUGCCCGACACUAUGUACGUGCCUACACCACUUAUCAAGAUCGGUGACUAUGCCACCUUCGGCUGGAAUUACACCUCUCUCGAGGGCACACCUACUGCAAUCGAUGUGCUCGUCAGUCAAUCUUCCGCCGGCGAAACAUACACUCUUACGGCCAACAUGACUUUCGAGACGAACCCCACCUACGUCUGGGAUACCAGCAAAGAAGCCAACGACCCUGAGGCCCCUCUCCCUGUUGGUAUGUACACUCUUAUCAUCAAGGAUUCCGACUCUGCGAUUAGCGAUGUGCCCUCUCCCGGCUACCUGGCGGUACAGAAGACCUUCCAGUUUGGCAUGUACACCCCCGCCGCCUACACACCCUACCCUCAGUGGAACUGUGAUAUCUGCAACAACUAA